AUGCCAGGGAUCCCGGAUGGGAAGGGAGGGAUGCGGGUGCCUAGUGAUGCUGAGAUGUUCGUUCAUGUGUUUGUGAAAGGCUUAGCCAAGCGGCAGAUAGGGAUGAGUGAGGGCGGGAAAAGCGGCAACAGUGAGAGUGGGAGGGAUGGUGAGAGCGGGGGUGAGAGAAACGGGGAGAAGCUAGUCACCUCUCCCAACCCCUCCAAACCGCUCGAAGCCACCAUUGACCCACCCAUUUCAUCCAAGUCUGCCAAGUCACCUGAACCUGCCAAAACACCUGAACCAGCCAAAACACCUGAACCUGCCAAGUCACCUGAACCAGCUAAAUCACCUGAAGCAGCCAAGCCACCUGAAUCUGCCCUGCCAUCUGAACCUGCAAAAUCACCUGAACUUGCCGGAUCGCCUGAACCUGAUAAAUCACCUGCCCAAUCCCUUGAACCUGCCAAACCACCUGAAUCGACCAUUUCAUCUCCCCUUCCUUCUAGCAGUACAGAAUCUCGCGAAGCCACGCCUCCUCCUUCCAUUUCACAGCCCAUUCCCUCGCCUCCUCUUCCCCCCUCUCCUUCUUCUGCCUCCCCUCCUCCUUCUCCUUCCCGUUCUCCUCCUACUCCUCCUCCUCCUCCCUCUCCUCCUCCUUCUACUUCCUCCUCUCCUCCUCCUCCUCCUCCUCCUCCUCCUCCCUCUCCUCCCUCUCCUCCUAUGUCUCCUUCCUCCUCUCCUCCUCUUCCCCCUGGUGUGGCAAAGGCAGAGAGAAAAGCACCAAGCCCUGGCAUCAAAGACGAGCCCUUGGAUGUGCAAGGUGCUAGCAACGAGGCAGACUAUAAGGGGUAUAACGAGGCAGGGGGAGACGAGGGGGAAACGGCGGCUGGGUGGGAUUCGAGCGAGGAAGUGAGGGGUGAGGGGGAGGGGGAAAGCGGGCAGAGAGGGAGGCCAGGGGUUGAGUCUGCGUUGGGAGUGGUGGAAAGGAGAAUGGGAGAGGAGGAGAGGGUUGAGGGGAUUGUGUUGACAGAGGCAGAAGAGAGUGAGGAAGAGGAUAAUGCGGGGUGGAUUGCGAUAGAAAAGGGUAAUGAGGGGCGGAUUGGAGUGGAGGAAGGAAAGGUGGACGCAGCAGGGGGGCGUUCUGAUGUGGAUGAAGGGAUGAGGACGAGGGGAACGGAUCCAAAAGAGAGAGCGCCUGAACGGACGAGAGAGAGACGAGAGACUUCUGAGGCUCCUGAACGAAUGAAAGAGAGUGGAAAGGUGAGAGAAGAGGCGGAGAGGGCUGAGAGGGAGAGCAAGGAGGAGGAGCAGAGGAGAUUGGAAGAGAAGCAGAGGGGGGAGAGGAAGAGGGAGAGGAGGAGGGCGAGGCGAGUGAUGCUGCUGGCAGCUCAGCUUAAGGAGGCGUUGGAGCGGCAAGGCAAGGUGGUUCUUGAGACGCCUCUAAAAUCCGCUCAGUUGAAAGAGGCAGUGGAGAGGCAAGGGGAGGGGAGGCAAGGGGCGAUGGGGCAGGGCAGAGAAGAGGGCGUGUGGGAGGAUGGGGUGGGAGAGAGGAGAGAGGGGGAUGGUGAUGGGGGUGAGGGAGUGUUGGGUGAGGGGCGCAGGGAGGGACAGGAGGGAGAGAUGGGCGAAGGCAAGCGACGGAUGGGAGAAGGGGGAGAGACGAGCGAAGGUGAGAGUGAGACGAGCGAGGAGUUGAAAGCGGUGAAGAUGGAAUAUGGAGGAGACAAAGUGGGGAAGGUGGAAGGAGGAGGGAAUGGUUUAGGAGCAGGAGGGAGUCUAGAUGUGGAGGAGUUGAGAGUGGUGGAUUUGGGGCAGGUAGCGCUGCUGCUGGGGGCUAUUGAAGGGCUCAAGGAGGUUCGGGAUCUGCCGAAGCUGAUGAGCUGGCUCGGCGGUGUGUCGCAGGGGGAAGGCGGUGAGGUUGGUCGUGCUGAGGUGGAUCCGGCCAGUGAUGACGUGUCACUGGGCAGUGCCGAGGUGUCGCAGGUGCUGUAUGAGCUGGCGAUUGCGGAGGAGAGUGAGAAAGCGCUGGCGCUGCUGAGAUGGAUGGAGGAGAGGAGGGAGAGGGAGUGGGAGGGGAUGAGUACGGAUCAACGGAGAAAGAUUGUGGAGGAGGAGAGAGCGAGAGAAGCGAGAAGCCUCGAAAGAGGGAUGCAACGGGGGGGAGAGGGAAUCGAGAGGAGGACGGCGAGUGGGGGAGAGGAUGGGGUGCCAGAAGAAAUUCAAGGAGGAGUGGUAAUUGGGGCGGUUUUGGGGGCACCUGAAAAUACCCAAGAGGGGGUGCUGUUCGGGCCAACGUCGAAUGCGUACGGUGCUGUUGUAACGAUGCUGCUUCGCUUGGGGCGGGUGGAGGAGGCUGAAGCGAUGGUCAUGGGGACAGUGCGAGAGACGCAGGAGCAGCAGGAGAAGGGGCAGAAGGGGCAGAAUGGGCAGCAGGGGCAGCAGGGGCAGCAGUUAAAGCAGCAGCAGGAACAGUGGGAGAAAAUCCAUCCUCCCCUCAUCCCCAUUCCCCACCGUGUCUACUGCCAACUCAUUGGCGCUCUGGGGCAGAGCACUGGGCAGAGCAAGGGGCAGAGCAAGGGGCAGGGCAAGGGGCAGAGCAAAGGGCAAAGCAAGGGGAAUUGGAAGGGAGGCGGCACAGAGUGGGGGAAAGGUGGGGGAAAGGGGGGUUCCGAACGGGGUUUUAAGUGGGCGGACAAAGGGCCGAGGAAGGCAGGGGAAGGGCGGCCUUCUUUGGCGUUAUGCCACCUGGUGAUGAAGGGGUGCUUGAAGGAGGGCGGGCGGGCGGGCCUGGAGGGAUGCAACGCGCUGGUGGAGGAGAUGUUUGCGAUGGGCGGCAAACUGAAACCCACUCCGCUCACUUUCUCCUUGCUGAUCCGUGCAAUGCUGCAAGAGGGGGAGCUGAAGCGAGCUCCUCGCGUGCUGCGCGAGAGGAUGCCGCGCAGAAACUUGGUUCCGCGCCUGGAGGACGUGCAUGCAGUCAUGAAGGCCCUGCUGGGGCAAGGCAAGGAGGCGGGAGUGGCCGAGGCGAUGAGGAUCAUGAAUGAGAUUCUGGAAGUGAAGGGGGAGGGGUGGAGGAGGGAGAGUACCUUACAGAUGGUCAAACCGAGCGAGGUGAGUUGGGGGAGGACGGGGAGGCAGGGGGGGGAGGCGGGCGUGGCAGAGGCGAUGAGACUCAUGGAUGAGAUUCUGGGGUUGACGAGGGAGGGGUGGCGGAGGGAGAGUACCUUACAGAUGGUCAAACCGAGCGAGCUCACCUUCCGCAUGCUCAUCCUCGGCCUGUGUCGUGAGCGCAACCCCAGUAAGGCCGUGUUCUACCUCACUUGCAUGAUGGACGCGGGACUCAUGCCCGAUAGACAGCUCUUCCGCGCCUGCAUGCUCACACUCUCUGCUCUCGGCAUCACCCGCCGCGAUGCAUUGGAGUUGUUUGAGAUGAUGCGCGGGACGAGGGGCACUCGGGCGCUGAUAGACGCAGACGUGUGUGUGCCGCCCCGCCCCCCUCUUCCAAAUAGUCCCUCUCUCUUCCAUGUAUUCCCGCUCUCCUCCCUCAACCAGGCAUCACCCGGGACGCAUUGGAGUUGCAUCACCCGCGAUGCACUCGAGUUCUUUGAGUUGAUGCGCGGGACGAGGGCCACCUGGGCGCUGAUAGACGCGGACCUGUGUGUGCUGUGCCGAUCCCGCAUCACCCGCGAUGCAUUGGAGUUAUUCGAGCUGAUGAGAGGGACGAGGGCUACGCGGGCGCUGAUAGACGCGGACAUGUGCACGCUGUUGCUGGCGGCGCUGGGCAAGCGCGGGCUGGGGCUCGAGAUGAAACGAGUGGCAUCACUCAUGCGCAAGGUGGGAAAGUGGGGCCUCUUGUGGGCGAGGGCCACACGGGCGCUGAUAGACGCGGACAUGUGCACGCUGCUGCUGGCGGCGCUGGGCAAGCGCGGGCUGGGGCUCGAGAUGAAACGAGUGGCAUCACUCAUGCGCAAGGUGGGAAAGUGGGGGCUCUUGGUAGCAGGAAGUGGAGGAGUGGUAAAAGGUGGGAAACGUGUGACUCUGGUCCUUAUUAUGGGGAAGGUUGGGGAGAGUGCUAUUGGUAGUGGGGAAGGUGGGGUCUUGGUAGUGGGCGAGGGCCACACGGGCGCUGAUAGACGCGGACAUGUGCGCGCUGCUGCUGGCGGCGCUGGGCAAGCGAGGGCUGGGGCUCGAGAUGAAACGUGUGGCCUCCCUUAUGCGGAAGGUGGGGUGUUGGUGGUGAGGAAGGAAGGUGGGGUGUUGGUGAUGGCGAUCCCUCACAGCGGCGAGUCGUAUGCGCAACUGAUCAUGGGGUAUGCACGGGCGGGCAUGUGGAGCGAGGUGGACGCUUUAGUAGCCGAGAUGGAAGAGCAGACAAGCAGAAGCAACGCCAAUGUUAAUCUUGGUGCCGAUAUUGCUGCUGAGCCUGCCUCUGUCUCUGCCGCUGCUGUUGAAGAGCUGGGGAUUGGGGUGGGGGCGACAGUGCGGGACAGCAUGGCGGUGUGCAAUGCACUGAUGAUGGCGUAUGGGAGGGCCGGCAGGAUGGAGCAGAUGGAGAUGGUGGUGAAUCGACUCAGAGUGCUGUCGCCAGAUGGCACGCUGCGAUUGGAGUCGUACAACACUCUCCUGGAGGUAUACGCUCGUCGCUGCGCCCGCAAUCCAAGAAGGCGAGGCAGAAACAAAAGCAGAAGCAGAGCCGGCACUGUUGCUACUGAUACUGCUGCGGAUUCCAAUUCUGAUGCUGCUACUCCUUCCCCUUCGCAAGGGGAAGCUAGGAAACCUCAAGCCCAGUCUGAGGGGGAGGAAGAAGAAGUAGCAGACAAGGAGGGAGAUGGAUACGUGGAAGGGGAUUUGGAGGACGAGCAGGAGGGAGGGGAGUGGGGGGGAGAGGAGGCGGAGGAGGAGGAAGAGGAAGAAGCGGUGAGGGCACGGCAGGCAGCAGCGAUGGCGGAUGUGGCACGGGUGGUGAUGGAGGUGGAGGGAGCAGGGCUCCGCCUCUCCAUGCGCUCCUAUGCUGCUGUCAUGCAGGCGCUAGGGCUCCGCCUCUCCAUGCGCUCCUGUGCUGCUGUCAUGCAGGCGCUGGGGUUGGCAGGGCACUUCGACCAGGUGAAAGGCCUGGUGGCAGCAGCACGCGCACAAGGGCUCUCAUUCUCCCCACCAGUCUACCGCAUGCUCAUAGACAUGCUGGGGCUGAUUGGUGGGGAGGAGAGGGAGAUGAAAGGCUGCCUGGUGGCAGCAGCACGAGCACAGGGCCUCUCAUUCUCCCCCCCAGUGUACCGCAUGCUGAUAGACGUGCUCGGGAGGGGGGGACGACUGGGGGAGGCGCUACUGGUGUUGGAGGAGCUGAAGAGGGUACACCCCGGGCAUGGCAAUUUGUCCGCUUACAAUACUCUCUUGCUGGUGAGUGGUGUACUCGUUAUAAAGGUGUGCACUCGUUACAAGGUGCAUCGAGAUGGGAGCAGUGAAAACUGCCUGGGGGGAGGAGGGGAGACGCUGCUGGUGUUGGAGGAGCUGAAGAGGGUGCACCCGGGGCAUGGCAAUUUGUCGGCUUACAACACUCUCUUGCUGGCCCUCCAAGACGCCCAUCCAGAGCACAUCUUUGCAGUGCUCGCCCUCAUGGCAUCGCAACGCGUGCUGGUGAUCCCACUCCCUUCCCCACCCUUCCCAUGCCCCUCCACGUUUCCUACCCUUUCCCAUGCCCGUCACCCCCUCCCCAUUCCCCUCAGGCCUUACAAGACGCCCAUCCAGAGCACAUGUUCGCAGCAUUACAAGACGCCCAUCCAGAGCACAUGUUGCAGUGCUAGCACUCAUGGCAUCAACACGAGUGCUGGUUACCCCUCUCCCCACCCUUCCCCACGCCCCUCACCCCUUCCCCAUGCCACCUCCCCAUCCUUCCCCACCCAUCCCCACGUCUCUCAGGCGCUACAAGACGCCCAUCCCGAGCACAUGUUCGCUGUGCUGGCACUCAUGGCGUCUCAGCGCGUGCUGGUGACCCCCACUCCCUUCCCCACCCUUCCAUUGCCCCCCCUCCCCAUGCUUCCCUGUGCCCCUCAGGCAUUACAAGACGCCCAUCCAGAGCACAUGUUUGCAGUGCUGGCACUCAUGGCGUCUCAGCGCGUGCUGCCCAAUCGCAACAGCCUGGGUGCCAUGCUGGCAGCGUGUGAGGCUGCCAACUCGCCACGUGGCGCUGCCAGGGUGUACCUCAGCGUGGUUGACACGUGGCGCGACGGGGUUGGCCGGGAGGGAAGUGGAGGCGGUGGGGGGGAGGAUGGGGAGGAGUGGGAGGGAGAGGAAGGGGAGGGAGGGGGCGUGGUUGAUGCGAUUCUUAAGGCUGUGGAAAGAUUUGGAGAGGGGAAGCAGCAGCAGCAGAAGGAGGGACAGCAGCAGAAGCUGAAGCAGCAGCAGCUGCUGCAGCAGCAGCAGGGGCAACAGCAGGAGGAGAAGCAGCAGCAGCGGCAGAAGCAGGAGGAGAAGCAGCAGCAGAAGGAGGGACAGCAGAAGCAGAAGGAGGGACAGCAGAAGCAGAAGCAGAAGAAGGGACAGAAGCAGCAAAAGGACGAGGAGGAGGAGGAGAGGGAGGGUCAGCAGGGGCCGAGGAGCCCCAGUAUGGAGAUGGCGGAGAGGGUGGUGAGGCUGUGUCGUGAGGGGCUGCUGGCAGGGCAGGCCGUGAGGGUGCUGGAGGGACUGCUGGCCAAUGGGAUUGUGCCAUCUGUCAAGUGCUACAGUGAUGUUAUCCAUUGCCUCGGCGAGGAGUUCAGUGCAGUGACCGGGACAGCGACAGAUGCAGCGCUGCUGCUGGAAGAACAGGAGCAGCAGCAGCAGCAGCAACCGUUCUCCUUUCGAUGGUCCUCCGACAUCCAUUCUAGCGAUAAGAACGAUGAGAGUGAUCAGAGUGGUAAGAGUGAUCAGCAUGCUGAUAAGGCCCUUCCCUACACGUACUCCAGCGACCUCCUCCUCCUCUCCUCCCUCCUCUCCAUCCAAAUCGACCGCGGGAAUUUCGACGAAGCCAUGCACACUGCGCAGUUCAUAGUCAACGAGCGCCUAGACGAGUACCUCUAUAACGAGUACAUGGAAGAGGACAAUCGAAACAGGGAUAUUAGGGGAGGAGAUUCCUACAGAGGGAUUCAGGGAGGGAGUGUGCUGCGGAGGGCCGACCCGGCCUUUUUCCCUCUCGUGAUCGGGUUUUUCCGGCUGGCGAGGCUGAUUCCGGUGGUGGAGGGGAGGACGAAGCAGAAUCUGUCGGUGCUGCUGCUGCUGCUCAUGUCGCAGGCUGUGCGGUGCGGGGCCCCGCCGCUGGUGUCCGGGUUUCUGGUUUCUGCGUGGGCUAAGGCGAAUCAGGAGGAAGGGGAGUCUCCUGUUGGGGAUACCAGCAGCAGCAGUUCCGCUAGACGGCCACGUGCUGACGUGGAUUCAGACACCGCUGACGUGGAUCCUAGCACUGCUGACGUGGCAGACAAGAAAACCUCCAGCAAGGAAGAUGCUGACCUGGACGAGCUCGUGGACGACAUCGACAGCAACGCAGACCCCGCAUUUAUGCACGUCCCACCGCGCAUUCUCGCCGAAUUCCGCUCCUUCCUCACCCUCCCGCCCUGCCCCAUUGAAUCCUCCCGUGCCGUUGCCAACGCCAUUAUUGACACGGCCUACUCCCUGCAUCUUACCCAAGCGGCUGUGGACCUUUUCUACGCUGCGAAUGAGGCUCGGAUGUUCCCGGACCUGUUCCGAUUGGAACGGGAUUCGCUGGUGCUGUCUCUCAGGCUCGUGUCGCCUGCUGGGGCUGAGUUGAUAUCUGCCGGAUUCUUCUGCCUUUGGUGCGAUAAAUCUGGACCGUUGCAAUCGUUGAUCCUGCGUCAGACCGGUCUAGAUUCGCUGGAUGAUUUCCGGCUUGCUGAGGGCUUAAGGGACCCGAUUCCGGGGUUUAGGGACCCUAUGGGGGUGACCGGGGUGGGCGUGGGUGUGGGUUUAAGUCCCGAGUAUGAACUGCUUGAGAAUUUGUCUGAAAUGGGGCGAGCGCUAGGGGGUGGAGGUGGGAGGAGUGUGGGGGGUGGUCAAGUGAAGGAGGUUAGGAUUGAGAUUCCUGGGGAGGAUGAGAGGGUGUAUGAGAGAGAGUUGGUGCGGAUGGGAGUGGGGAAGGCAGUGAAGAUGCUGGAAGUGCCUGGGGAGGUGGAGGAGGGGGAGGAGGCGUGGGGUGGUCUCACCGCUGCUUCUCAUCACUCACAGCUCUGUCUUGUGAAGCUCUUUCUCCACGCCACCCUUCUUUCAGCUUCGCAUUCUGUCGCACUCUGUCGCAUACCAUCGCCUUCCGUCACGCGCAACUCCUUCCCAGUCGCUCGCGUCAGUUUCCUCCUUCGCGCUCGCUUCGCUGCUCGCUCCGCUGGUCCGCAAUUUCUCCACCUGCUCUGCAUUCCGCUGCGCGCCAAUCCCCACAGCUUCCGCACUCCCCUACGCCGGGACUCCUGCGCCCUCGCGCGCAAAUCGCUGCGCGCCAAGCCGCAAUGGCUGCGAGGGGGGGAGCUGAGUGAAGCAGAGGCGGACGAGGUGAAGGAGGGGGGAGAUUGCAGGGCUGUUGAGGAAAGGAGGAACCCUAACCGCCUCUGCUUCUUCUCGUGUGUGAUUUCCUGCCUCCCUUCCUUUCCUGCCAGGCUGCGAGGGGGGCUGAGUGAAGCAGAGCAGCCGCAACCAAACUCGCUUCUUCUCUUCCUUCCUCUCCCUCCCCCUUCUGCCAGGCUGCGAGGGGGGCUGAGUGAAGCAGAGGUGGAAGAAGUGAAGGAGGAGAUUUCAGGGCUGCUGCUGGGGAGAGGAGGAAUACCAGCAGCAGGCAUGGUGGCAGUACCAUGGCUGAAGGGGUUCUUCUCUCUCCCAGGAGAAUUCAACAUUUCAGGCACCAGCGCGUAUAAGAGAGGCCAGAUAUUCGGCAUGGAUGCAGCAUCAGGGGCGGCAGUGGCAGCGCUGCAGCUGUCCCCUUCAGAUCACGUCCUUGACCUCUGUGCUGCCCCGGGCGCCAAGCUGUGCUUGAUCCUGGAUGAGCUCAGUGCCUCCGAGGCUGCAGCACUGCCAGCUUCACCACAGGCGGUGACACAAUCCCCGCUACAAUCCUCCUCAUUACCGGCACAAUCGUCAUUACCACCACAAUCCUCAUUACCACCACAACCCUCUGUGACGGCAGCAGCACAAGACACUUUUGAGAAUUCUCACAACGCAACAGCAGAUGAGGCAUCUCUUGAGAAUCCAAGUGGAACGGCAAAAGCAGCAGCCAUGAGCACCACAGUAUCAGGCAGUUCACCCGGCGCACCCACUGCAACAGGCACAAGCACAGUAACAGGCACAGUGACAGCAGUUGACGUCUCCCCGGCCCGCCUGGCUGCCUGUCGCACGCUGCUGCAGAAGCACCGGCUGACUGACAGGUGCCGGCUGUUCCUAGGAGACGCUACUGCUUUCCGCCUUGGGCCUCCUGUGGCAAAGCGAGGGAUGGAAGUGGGAUCAGGGCUAGAAGUUGGAUCAGCUAAGCCUCGUGGCACUGAGCUGGAGCAAUUAUUGCCACGCGUUGCUGUGGGAGAGGCUAGAGCAGUGAUGGACGAAAGGGAAGUGAUGGCAUCGCCGGCAUCAGAAGCAGACGGGGCAGCGGCAGCAUCUGAAUGGAAGAGAGGGGACCGGCCGGAGCUCUUCUUUGUUGGGCGGACAGCGUGGCAAUGGUGGGACACGGGUGUUGAAUGCGGCAAGGAUGGGUAUGAUAAGGUGCUGGUAGACGCAGAGUGCACACACGACGGCUCGCUGAAGCACAUACUCAAGUAUGACUCGUGGGGAUGGCACACUCUCAACAAGCGGUUUCUAGAUCCCCAAAGACUCAACUCCCUGGCGGCGUUGCAGGUGAGAGCAUGUCCGCUUUGCAAUGCGGUAACCAUCACCAUCUCCCCACCAAAGCACAUACUCAAGUACGACUCGUGGGGAUGGCACACCCUCAACAAGCGAUUCCUGGACCCCCAGCGGGUCAACUCGCUCGCAGCACUGCAGCGAUCUCUUCUAGAGACAGGCUUCUUGCUGUUGAAGCCUGGCGGGAGGCUGGUGUACUCUACAUGCAGGUGA